AUGGAGAACAAGACGAGGUUACGCCUUUUACAGAAUGAAUGUGAUCUACCGAUUUAUCACAUUAAGUGCCCCAUGGUGUUGAACACUAAAAAAGUUGUUUUAUCUCAGCAUGGAUUACAAAACGAACAGAAGAAGAAACAAUAUGAAGCGAAGAGGUGUUGCAAAGUCAUAACAAAGCCAUGCAAAUUACCUUUAAACCCGAUUUAA